AUGGCCCAGCAACCUCACGACAUGGGUUACCUCGAUUACAACCAGGGUUCCAACCGCUCCCCAAGUGCCUCCCGCCAACAAUAUGGCGGCGGAGCCCCCGGCUUCAAUGCUGGCUUGUCGCUUCCCAGACAGAGCCAGCGCCCCUUUGACGCACAUCUGGGCUCUUCUUCUCUUUACUCGUCCGACCGCGCCAACGCCGGGUACAACGCCAGGGGCAUGGAUACCAUCUCUGGCGCCGCUGUUCCUAGUUACAUGCUAGAUGCCAACCAGGCCUGGCACUACAGCGCUUCUGGUGCGGCUACGGUAAAUGGUGCCGUCAACGGCCCCAACAGGAGUCGUAGCGUCAACCGUAGAGCAGCUCUGCCGCAGAACUGGACCGACCACCCCCCUAUGCCUCCCAUGCCUUCCAACCUGCAGGCUUAUGGCGGUGGCCUCAACGGCUCUCAGCUUUCCAAUGGCAAUCUUCGUGUUGACCACCCAGGCACCCACCCCUCCCCUUCCGACAUGCGAUCCACCAGCUCGGACCCUGAUCAGCUCAUUCCUACUGCUAUCGUCAUCAAAAACAUUCCUUUUGCUGUCCGUAAGGAAACACUUGCUUCCCUUAUGCUCGACAUGCAUCUUCCCCAGCCCUACGCCUUCAACUACCACUUUGAUAAUGGUGUCUUUCGUGGCCUUGCCUUUGCCAACUUCCAGUCCGCCGAGGACACUAGAAUCGUCAUCGAAGCCAUGAAUGGCAUGGAUGUCCAUGGCCGCAAGCUCCGUGUCGAAUACAAAAAGAUGCUGCCUGAGGCCGAGCGCGAGCGUAUUGAGCGCGAGAAGCGCGAGAGACGUGGCCAGCUCGAAGAGCAACACCGUGGCCCCAUGCUUCACCAGCAGAGCUCCAUCCAGUCCCUUGGUGCCUUGUCCCAGUCUCAGCCGCGAGGCAACCCCGCUGCCCAUCUCGGCGACGUCGACUUGAACGACCCCCAGACGCUCGAUUUCUACACUGAGCUUGCCAUGUUCCGUCGCGACGACUCUCGUGAAAUUCUCGUAUUCCCCCCUGGCAUCGCCCCUGAGCAUCGUCGUUCGAUCCAUAUUCUGGCCCAUCACAUGGGCCUCGAGCACCAGUCCAUUGGUGAGGCCGAAUCUCGCCAGCUGACCGUGCUGAAGCGCCAACAGCCUUCUCCGACCGCCAACAUCCACGCGGCCCCUGCUAAUAGCCUUGAUGUUCAUAAGCGUGGCUUGAGCAGGGCGGCCACGUUUGAUUUUGCCGCAGAUCGAGACUCUCGUGCUGUCAGCAACAAUUACUCUCACAUCACUGGCCGCCAGGGACCGACACUUGAGCUUCCUGGUAGCCCUGAUGGUGCCGGCAUCCCCAAUAACCUCCGUGCUGCCAAGAGCUUUGCCGAUCUGCGCUCCUUCACUCCCAGCCCGUCCCAGGCUUCGUCAAGCUACCUCAAUCCUAACCCCGGCAUGGGUAGCAUCGGCCCCAGCUCAACCGCCCGCUUCGGCGACUAUGUUAGCGCUCAGCAAGCCCAUCCUGGAAACCCAUCCACCCCCGGCGCCAAGAAUGACCAUGGCCUGGCCAGUGGCUUGGGUGCACUCAACCUGGGCUCGUACGAAUCGAACGCCAUUUCCGGCCAGAACCGCAACGCGCCUGGUGCUAUUGGCAGCCAGCGACCCAGCGGUGUGAGCAACGGACCCAAGGGCGCCCCCGAUCGUCAGCCCCGUGGUCCUGAGUGGGAGGCUUCUGCCGGAUUUGCCGGCCGUGGUCGAUCCAACGGACACGCCCAACGAAGUAGUGACUCGUCCGACAAUGGAGCACGCGUUGGCGCCGGGCCGACAAGUGCGGCCCGGUUCUAA